UUACGUGCACACAUGCCACGCACACAACAUACGAACUUGACCUUUAUUGACAAGAGGUUGUCUGAAUGUAGUACCCGUAGCAUAAUUAGCAAAUGCCUUUUUGCUGCCUUUUAUUUCAAAUUUUGUUUAAAUUAGCAACUUUUUAUUUGCAUAGACACAAGGAAGAACGUAGUUAUCGCUACAGUAAAGUUCCUACGUUCUUUAAAGCUAAAGUAGCGCUUCCAAUCCACACAAUAUGAGUUACUUGAAAUCAGUAGGUACAAGCAUUAUUUAUAUUGGGGCCUUCCUUGCUGUAAUUACAUUUGUUCCUGGAAUUCCACCUAAUUCAAAGUUUACCGAAUAUAGUGUUAUUGCACCAAAAAAAUUGACCGAUGCCCUAGCUAUCAAUGGAAGACUAAAUAAUGCUGAAAUUUUAUUCCAAGGACAUUUGAAAGGACCAGAAGCAUUUGCUUCUUACAAUGGUGAGCUUUAUACAGGGAUUCAUGGAGGCUUUAUAGUUAAAGUUACCGAUAAUAAAAUUAUACCUAUUGUUAAAUUUGGCAAAGACUGUGAUGGACUUUGGCAAGAAUCUAAAUGUGGUAGACCUCUAGGAUUAAAAUUUGACGAUAAAGGUGUCUUAUAUGCCUGUGAUGCUUAUUAUGGAAUUUUUAAAGUUGAUGUAAAAACAGGAAAAUACAAAGAAAUUAUUAAUGUUGCGGAACCAAUUGAAGGGAAAAGACCAAUGAUAGUUAACUCUUUAGAUAUUGCAAAUAAUGGUGAUAUAUAUUGGACUGAUUCUAAUGUUGAGUUUCAUCUUGAAGAUGGAAUAUAUACUGGUUUGGUAAAUCCCUCUGGAAGGGUAUUUCGAUACGAUGCUAAAACAAAAAAAAAUCAAGUUCUUGUUGAUAAUUUAGCAUUUGCAAAUGGUAUUGCCCUGAGCAAAGAUGAAGAUUUUAUAAUUGUAGCUGAGACUUUUGCAUCUCGUAUAAUAAAAUAUAAUCUAAAAGGACCUAAUGCAGGUAAAUGGGAGAUAUUUGCGGAAGGACUUCCAGGAAUGAUAAAUUCAGAUAAUAAUAGUGGAUUUUUGGUCAGCCUUGUUAUUUAUGCAGAUGAAGAACAUCCACAAUUAUUGCAAUCAGUAAUGCCUCAUCCAUAUAUAAGACGUAUGAGUGCAAGACUUUUAACAUUACUCGAAGCACCUUUUAAGUGUUUACAAAUAUAUUAUCCUAACUAUUACACUGAAAAAAUUAUUCAUUACUUGGGGGGAUUUGAAAAUAUAUUGUUUUUAAAUACAAAUAUUGUUACUAUAUUAAGAAUAGAUAAUAAGGGUAAAAUAGUAGAUGCUGCAUAUAAUACUGAUGGAAGAAUUAGUGGUAUAAGUACAGCAUACAUACACAACGAAUUUUUAUGGCUUGGUACUCCCUUCUCAGAAUAUAUUUCUAGAGUUCCACUGAAGCAGGCAUUUCCAAAUCUAUUAAUUGAAGAAAAACAACAAUUUGAGAAAGUCAAGCAAACUGAAAAAAAAAUUAAUGCGAAUAUAAACAAUCAACAGAAACCAAGCUCCGCUACACCAACUCCUAACCCAACAGAAUCAAAAUCAUUUACUACUCCAUCUCCUAAGCCAGUAAAAUCUAAACCAAGUAGUUCGACUAAAAAACCUCAAGAAUCCAAAUCAUCCAAUAAACCUUCUAAGAUAUCAAACCAACAAAAAUCUAGUCGCAGUAGUGAGACGAAUUCUUAGAAGUACAUAACUGACAAAUGAAUAAAUAAAAAAUAAAAACAUUUAUUUAUAUUUUUAACUAAUUAAAUAUCGGGUAUAUAUUAAAAAUUGUUAUAUAUUUUCUGUGAUAAAAUAUAAAAUUGAGAUUAGCACGGGUGUUGUUUUAUAGUAUACGAAACUGUAGCUAUUAGACAAAAAUUUAUAAAAGUUACGUACUAUGAAGAUGUUCGGUAAGAACUUUCAUAAUUUUAUACAUUUAUUGAAGGGCAUUACAAUAUUUUGAAAUGACUAAUAAGUAAAUAAUUAAAUAAUUAUUCUUGUUAAGGAUUGGGAUUAAAGAAGUGAAUAUUUUUAAUUAUGUAGAA